UCUUCCACCACAUUUUCCACCAUUUUCCACCGUUGCGUUGCAUGUUGCUUCCACAUGGCCGUCUAACCCUUGCCCCGUGGCCCUUCACCCAGCGCCCCCUUGCCGUGUCGCACGGCCGGGCUCCAGCGCGGUACCGUCACCGCGGGGCAGCGGCCUUGGUGGCCAUGGCUGCAGUGACGCGGCGCGCGCGGAAAGUGGCGGUGGUGGGGGGGUGGUCCGGCAGGACUGGCUGCUUGUCGAUUCCUGGAGAAGUUUGGACAUCAGCCCACAGUUUUCGAAAUCAGCAGCGAAGUGGGUGGAAUUUGGGCGCCCGAACCGGCCAAUGA